AUGGGCGGCCUCAUUUCCACGCAUUACAACUCCUCCGAGAUCUACAUCCGUUCGACAGAAUCCACGCGCGCCCAAAUGACCGUGCUCACCGCCAUGGCCGCUGUGUACCCCGCCGGUGAUGACAACUGGAGCGACUCUGUCCCGUGGCAGCCCACGCCGUACACCAUGGUACCUGGGAAAUACGACCCCAACGCCGCCUCGUCAAACUGCCCCAAGUUCGCAAACGCUUUCAUGAGCAAGAUGUUUUCGGCGCCUGCGGCGAUGGAGCGCUACACGAACGUGUUGAACCAGUGGUCGGAGCUGAUCGGCACCAACAUCACCGCAACACCGGUGCUCGCUUAUUCCUACUACGACGUUUACAAAAGUCAGAUCAGCCUCGGCGUGCCACUGACCGAGGAGUUGCAAGCCCUGCUGCCGCAAAUCAAGGAAAUAGCUGGCGAAGCCAUGGAGGUCUUAUUGGGUGAUGAAAACUACGUGGCGCUGGAGGCCGGUGUGUACAUGAACGACGUCAUCACGGCGAUGACCUCGGCAGCAAGCGGCGACGUGUCGCAGCCCCUGCGCAUCUACUCCGCGCACGAUACUAACGUGUACUCCGUGAUGGUGGCGGCCCGCAUCACGCCGCGCCAGGGCGUGCCACCAUACUGUUCUUCAUUCGCAUUGGAACUGCGCAAGCGCACUGAUACUGGUGAUUAUGUCGUGCUGCCGGUGUACCAGAGCUCGCCGGACGCCGAGUUGAUGUACCUGCAGGUGGAGGGGUGCAGCGCGCUGCUGUGUCCGCUCGACGAGUUUGUCUCCAUCACGAAGCCCUUCGUGCUGGACGAGAACACGUGGCGCAAGAAGUGCGCCUAA